AUGGCGGUAGUACCUCUGCUGUUGUUGGGGGGUUUGUGGAGCGCUGUGGGAGCGUCCAGCCUGGCUGUCGUUACUUGCGGCUCGGUGGUGAAGCUACUCAAUACGCGCCACAACGUCCGACUGCACUCACACGACGUGCGCUAUGGGUCAGGCAGUGGGCAGCAGUCAGUGACAGGUGUAACCUCUGUGGAUGACAGCAACAGUUACUGGAGGAUACGGGGGAAGACUGCCACAGUGUGUGAGAGGGGAACCCCCAUCAAGUGUGGCCAGCCCAUCCGGCUGACACAUGUCAACACUGGCCGAAACCUCCAUAGUCACCACUUCACUUCACCUCUUUCUGGAAACCAGAGGAGAAAACAAAGGCUCAAAGGAUUUACAGAAGAAGGGAUCGAGUUGAGAUUCAAGGAAGUGAGUGCUUUUGGUGAGGAAGGUGAAGGUGAUUAUCUGGAUGACUGGACAGUACUCUGUAAUGGACCCUACUGGGUGAGAGAUGGUGAGGUGCGGUUCAAACACUCUUCCACUGAGGUACUGCUGUCUGUCACAGGAGAACAAUAUGGUCGACCUAUCAGUGGGCAAAAAGAGGUGCAUGGCAUGGCCCAGCCAAGUCAGAACAACUACUGGAAAGCCAUGGAAGGCAUCUUCAUGAAGCCCAGUGAGUUGUUGAAGGCAGAAGCCCACCAUGCAGAGCUAUGAAUCUAGAGGCUCUGAGCCACUGUUAAUGCACAAUGUUCACAGACGUCUGUUGCUGCCUCACCUUGGGAUCCCUGUCACAAGUUCCUUGGGCAGUGGCCGUGUUACCAUUGAGAUGAAGAUAUACAACAGAAAAUAGUGGCUGUGUUUGGAAACUUCAGCCCCGCAUACUUGAACUAGUCACUCUCCCAGAUUUGCGUGGGUCAGUUCUUUCUGAGUAGAGGACUUGCUGGUAAAGGGGCAGAUGCUUUUUAUUCAUACUGAUAAACUGAGGGGAACAUCCCUCUUAGCUGGGAAACUUUUUACUCUUCAGGAGCUUGGCAUCAUGGACUGUUUAUGUGAUUUUUCCCCUAUUUUCUCUCUCCAAAAUGAUAAAAACAAUAAUUUUA